CAUGAUGCAGUCUUCUGAUUUUUGGAGAAUUUGUAUAUUUAUACUAUUUUGAGUAAGAUGUUACCACUGUAGUGUUCUGUAAUCUUAGUCAGCAAGAUUGAAUUCUGUGUAUAUACCUUAUGUUUUUAUUCAAACUUUGAGCUCAGCACAAAAACACCUACUUCUUGGCAUAAUGACAUCAAUAACUAUUUAUGAAUGAUAAUAAAGCCGUUUAUUUUGAUUUGAUUUACAGUCAUUAGAAAAAGCAACACUUCGCCCAAUCAACAAACAACAAAAAAUUAGAUAUCGUUGUCAUUGCCGCCCAUUUCAGUAAUUUUUGAUGCUGACUCAUUAUGCAUUUUCCAAUUUGAUGAAAACAUACUUUGCGAGGCCAUCAAACAAAAUAUUUUAUAAAUUAUGUUUCAAGUUGCUGCAACGAAACUACUGCGUAGUGCAGAUAAAACUUUCUCCAUUAUUAUAUUUUCUGUUGCUGUUUGCAAAUUCGUAAAAAGUCCCAAAACGCUCUUGGCCAGCUAUCAAACUGGCGGAUCUUUGCGCAGACUCCCCUUAUUGAUAUUCGUCUGUUUCAUCCCUUAUUUCGCUGCGGUCGCGGCUCUAUCUCCGACUCUGGCGCGAUGUAGCACCCCUUUCCGUAGCUAUAAAUAUAGCAAUCCGUAAUCGACUUUCCCUACCGGCUGAAGAAGCAAACAAGGACGUCCUCGCUUGAAAUAAGUGAAGAUGGGUAUAAAAGCUCUCAUUAUAAUAAUAAUAAUAAUUGAUCCGGGAUCACGUUGUAGUCAUAACAAUGAGCUAAUCCGCGGUGAAACCCACUUUUAUUGGUAAAUAAUAAAACAACAGUGAAGUUUAUUGGAGAUAUUAUUCUAGUUGGUUACAUAUUGUGGCAUUUCUUAACAUGGUUUGAAAAUGUAUGAAAUUAUCUCAAGCGGUACAUGGAAAAAAGUUAUUCUAGUUAUGUUUAUCUCCGGAAGUAUCCUCCUAACCAUUUCUUAUUACGAUUACACCAAGCUACUGACUUAUCAAAUAUUACUCAAUUCGAAUAGUGAUAACAAGGAAAAUGUUUCAUCUGCUAAUAAUCACACCGAAGACGAGGACCAGCCCUAUCUGGUAUCAAGUCGAAAAUGCAACAUCAUAGACAUCGAUCCGUUCUCUCGCGAUGCCAAAAAGUAUUUUCAGCCGGUGAAAUAUAGGAGCUGCUCUAAGAACGACCUCCUGACUUAUGUGACGAAAGAAGACAAUAUUGCCGUUGUUCAUAUUGAUAGCGAAGUUUUAACGCAGUAUACUAAGUCCCCGAUCUCCUGUUGUUAUUCUGAUGUGAAACGAAGUAAUUCUACCAGAAAUCCCGAUGGGUCUAUCAGUUUGAGUUUAUGUAAAGAAUUCCAAGAGAACGUCACCAUAACCCAGGAAGCGAUUCUCAUCAAAUGUACCGAGCCAAAUUCGCAAAAGCUAAUUUACGAAAACGUCCACACUUCCGUAAUAACAACGAAAAACGUCCAAAAGAAAAUGCAUUUAUUCGAUAACAGUAGCGCCAAACCGAUUAGCGUCCUUUUUGUUGGCAUCGACAGCAUAUCGAGGCUUAAUUUUAUCAGGGCGUUACCAAAUACUCAUCGCUAUGUUGAGGAUAAUGGAUGGAUUCCAUUAAAAGGCUAUAAUAAAAUGGAUGAUAAUACGUUUCCAAAUUUAAUGGCUAUAUUCACAGGAUAUAAUCAAACUACAGCCUACAAAAUAUGUAAUCCAAAAGCUGUAGGUCUUCUGGAUAAUUGUUCGAUGUUAUGGUACACAUAUAGAGAUUUGGGCUAUGUAACUGGAUACGGAGAAGACGAAGCCGUCAUAAGCACAUUCAAUUACAAUAAAAAAGGUUUUUUGACCAAACCCACCGAUUACUAUUUUCGCCCCUACAUAAUGGCCACCGAAAAGCUUAAAAAAAUCAUAGUGAGCUCGAUGGCUUACUGUACUGGACCAGAAACUGCAGGAGAACGGAUUUUGAAUCUCGUCAAGGAUUUCGCCGUUACGUUCAAAAACAAUCCUAAUUUCGGGUUUUUUUGGAUGAACACAUUCAGUCACAAUGAAGUCAGCGCCCCAUCCAUGAUGGACAAUAAACUCCUAGUAUUCCUAAAAAAUCUUCACAGCAGCGGAGUGACGAACAGUUCAAUAAUAAUAUUCCUCAGCGACCAUGGAAUACGUUUCGGCGAUAUCCGUUUGACGGAAACAGGUUGGUUAGAGGAGCGCUUGCCUUUCAUUUAUUUUUCCUUUCCCCCAUGGUUCAAAGAAAAAUUCUCGGAGGAAUACAAAAACUUUUUAAAUAAUGUAAAUAAACUUACUUCUCCCUAUGAUAUCCACAUGAGUUUACAACAUUUAUUAAAAAUGUCAGGCUUCAAUUAUUCAAUUAUACCCAGUGAUGCCUGUCCGAAAUGUGUCUCACUAUUUGAAAACAUUUCCAAAGAACGUUCGUGUGAAGAAGCUGGUAUCACAGAUCACUGGUGCACGUGCGCAGGUUACAGUGAAACUAAAUUAAAUUCCAAAGUGGAACAGAAAAUAUCAAAUUUUGUUAUAGAUUUAAUAGAUGGUAUAAUUAAUAAAAAAAUUAAAAAUAAAAACAUAUGUGCCAAAUAUAAAGCCACCGAAAUUAGCAUAAGACUAGGGAAAAAGUUCUCUUACAAAAAUAUUUCGUACGCUUUGGUUCUUUUGAAAACCCAUCCGAAGGCAGUUUUUGAAACUACCAUUAGUUUUGUUGGUGAUAUUAGCAAUAGUACAUUGGAGGCUGGCGACGUCAGUAGGUUGGAUUAUUAUAAUUAUCAUAGUCAAUGUGUGUCGGAUGGGUAUCUGAAAAAAUAUUGUUACUGUAGGUAGGGUUUAGGGUUAAAAUUAUUUGAACCUGCGAGAAAGGUUCUCUUAAAAGUGAGUGUGAUAAUAAGGGUUAAGAUUAUGGAACCGACCAGGCUAUUUAUUGGAAAGUAAACGCCUCUACAAUGUAUAUUUCGAUAGAUAGGAUAAAUUUAGAAGUUAAUUUUCAUUCACAAUGUUAUUGCCAGGUUACCUGAAUUCUAUGAGACUUGCUUUUGAACUAAGUAUACGAAAUCAUAUUGUUGGCAAUAAAUAUUUCAUAUCAUUUUUCAAUGGUUUUUCCUUAACAACGUCAAUUACUUAAUGAUUGUUGCUAAAAUAAACACAACCGCAGGCUACACGAUGGAAUUGAGAUAUCCCUGCAACUACAAUGGCAAAGUUGACAAUAAUUUCAAUUAUUAGAAAAUAAUUAGGCGAUAGUGCUACUCUGAUAAGUACUGAAAUUUGUUAGUUAUUAAUUCAAAGUAUAGUUUAUUUUUGUUAUAGGUGCAUAAUCUGAUAGAUCUUCUUGUUAUUAGUUCCCAAAUACUUUACUUAUUUGUAUAGGUACAUAUUGUCGGUCAAGUUUGUCUUCGGUAUGAUAAAUUUUAUCAGUCACAUCUGAAGCUAUAACAAAGUUAAAGUUUCGAAGGAGGGUAUUUGUGUCUAUAUUCCACUAUAGUAUGUAUAGCCAGUAGAUGUACAGUGUAGAUCCUGCAACGGAAGGGACGUCAAGGGGCCUCAUAAGAGCCCCAAAACGAAGCUCAGUGGGCCUAAAGCCGGCAUCCCACGGCGCAUAACUUGGCGAUGAGCCUGGCUUGUGCUUGUCGUGGCUCGUCUAGAAUCGACUUGGCAAGUGGAUACGUUUCCACGACCUGUGGAUCGUUGCAAUCGUCGUUGAAAGCGUACGAGGCAAAACAGAGCUCGCGUUCCUUUGACUCGGCCAGUCACGCGUCGUGGGAUGCCAGCUUAAGAGGCCCCACUUUAGCUAGUUCAUCAAUUGAUCAGAGUAGAAAUUUGUACGAAUUUUGUACGAUGAACUUGACUGAAUAAUUGCAUCGCUACAUACAAUUUCAGUAUUGUAAAAUUUCCUUAGUGCCUUAAAUCUUGAAUUUUACAUGCCAAAGAAUCCUAUUUAAGUUUAUUUAUUUAUUACGGGUCUCGAUGUACCCAUAUUAAAAUUUAUAUUUUUCUAUGAUUAUGAUUGUUACAAUUAUUCACAUAACUCAUAGGUUGAUAGAGCAAAAAAGCCAAUACCUAAGCAGGUAAUUAAAGUAACUAAUAGAGAAAAUGCAGCCAAAUUAAAAAUCUAGAAAAUUUAAAAAGCUUGUUUCCAGAAAUUCUUGAGUGAUUUUUCCUAUUUGUUUCUCUCAAAAAUGAAAAAUUACCUAUUUUGUCUUAAAUUUACGUUUCCUUUGCUAAGAUUUUUUUUUCGAAAAUAGGUACAUACUUAUUAUUUAUACAUCUAUAAAAUAAACCAACCUACUUAUCAUUCUAAAAUAAAUUAUUAUCCACACUAUUUCAUCUGUUAUAGCAGUUUCAACGCAAUCUGUGAUAUUCUUCCAAUAAUUAAUUGAUAUGUCUUCUCGCUUAUUUUGGAUCAACAUAUCGUUUUUGGAAAUUCUAGCUAUGGAUAUCAAAUAGGUACUUAUUUAAUAGAUAUUUAGCGGUAGGUACUUAAUCAAAAAUGUUUAAAUUUUGUGUAUUGAAAAUUAUAUUGCAUAAUUCUUACACCUACUUAUUGUAAAUACCUAGAAAAAUAUUGCAUAUUUUAUCAGUAAAAUAAGUGUUACUUAUACAUUCUUAAAUAUCAUAUUUCUAGUCAUGCCACUGCAGCAUUGUUGAAUUAUUAUGGAAAAUAAUAAAUCAGAAUUAAU